GGUGGAGAGGAGGAGAGACCAGGAGGUGGAGAGGAGGAGAGACCAGGAGGUGGAGCGGAGGAGAGACCAGGAGGUGGAGAGGAGGAGAGACCAGGAGGUGGAGCGGGUGGAGCGGAGGAACAGAGACCUGGUCCUGCUGACCCUGGGGGCGCUGAGGAGCCGGGGAAGACCCCCGGCCACCCAGGAGACCCGGAGAGAGGCCUGGCAGUCGUACCUGGACAUCAUCUACCACAUGGACCAGGGGGCGGACAUGUUGGACCUGAGGGAUCUUCUCUGUUCCCCAGAACCUCCUCAUGACCCCCCUCCCCCCCUCCCUCUGCCGAUCCCUCACCCCCUCCCUCUGCCGAUCCCUCACCCCCUCGCAGCCCUACCUCCCCCCCUCCCUCUGCCGCUCCCUCCCCCCCUUCCUCCCCUCCCUCCCCUGAGAGCCAAACCUACAGCCCAGGUGAGAGAUACAUUGGUCGAUGUGUGGAGUCACCACUUCCUGUCUGAACUGCACACUUCCUGUCCGCAGGUGUUGGCACCGCGCCCUGUGCUGGGAUGGCAACCGAAGCCGGGGCCGGCGGAGAGGCCUGACGUGGUUGCCCGCGGUAACCCUGUCGCUAGGCAACCCUCCCCCCUCACUGAGGAUCAGUGCGCGCAGGAGGGACAGAGAGUUCAACGUGAUGUCACACAUCAUCAUCAUCAUCAUCAUCAUCAUGAUGAUGAUGUCAUCAGCCAUACUGAGGAAGAGGAGCUCCCUCUUCGGGAUGAUGAAGAUGAGGAAGAGAGAAUCAGGGAGGAGGCUCCCUGCCCAUCACCUCCUCCACCUCCUCCACCUCCUCCACCUCCUCCUCCUCCUCCUCCACCUCCUCCACCUCCUCCACCUCCUCCACCUCCUCCCGUCAUGAGGAGAACCGACCCCCACCAGUCUGAAAGAAGACCUGACCCCGUCCCAACCCACCCCCCCUCCCCACGGGUCCCGGAGUUCCUGCUCCAGUUUGCAGAGGAGAGCUGGUUUAAACACCUGUACCCCCACCCCCAGUGCGUCCCCACCUCCCUCUCUCCAGACGGGUUCUGCUGGGUCCUCUUGGACCACCUGGACUCCCCUGGCUCCCGGUCCAAGAGGGAGGUCCUGGUCGCUCUGAAGACCCUCCUGCUCCAGCACCUCCUGCAGGAGCAGCACGCCAUCGCCCAGCACCUCCUCCUGUCCCUACCCCGACACACGGGGCAGGCUCUAGUGGGAGAGAUGCUAACCAUAGCUCUACAACUGGGAGGUGGCGGCUACAGCGAUGUCGUCAACCUCUUGGUGCUGCUGGCCAAUCAGACGCCGUCCCUCUGCCAGGCGGCCGGGGCCCGGCUGGAGGUGCUGGGGGUGCAGGGGGCCGAGACGUGGCUGAGGCCGGAGCUCCAGUCCUGGGGUAGAGCGCUCCGGGGCCGGGCCCCCGCCUGGAGGGUCCAGCAGGACCGCGCCGCUCGCUGGCUGUCCCUCUGGACGACCAAAUACAAGGACCACGUGAGGGCGGACCAGCGAGGCCACGCCUCCUCCGUGGACGUCCUCAACUUCUUCUGCUCCUCCAGGAGGGCCCGGCAGGGGGUCCCAGGGGCCCGACACGACACCGUGAGGCUGUCCCCCCCGCCCUGCGGCCCUCAGCCUAUCCAUCGUCUUGGAGAGACUCACAGCAUGCUGAGAACACGCAAAGCAGCUGGACUAGCCCUGCCCCCCCUCCGCAACCGUCCCUCCCUCACUGGCUUCCCCCGGGUCCUCAGUUUCCCUCUGCCGCGCCUCAACCUCCUCCCCCUCUCCUGCCCCAUUGGUCAGCUGGACGCCACGCCCCCCUCCAGGCGCUACUUCCUGCUGGACCAAUCACAGCCGGAGUACUACAGAUGACCCAACCGGGACUCUUAGGUCGUGGUGGUAGUUAGGUCUAGUCCAGGAGGUCGUGGUGGUAGUUAGGUCUAGUCCAGGAGGUCGUGGUGGUAGUUAGGUCUAGUCCAGGAGGUCGUGGUGGUAGUUAGGUCUAGUCCAGGAGGUCGUGGUGGUAGUUAGGUCCAGUCCAGGAGGUCGUGGUGGUAGUUAGGUCUAGUCCAGGAGGUCGUGGUGGUAGUUAGGUCUAGUCCAGGAAGUCGAGGUGGUAGUUAGGUCUAGUCCAGGAGGUCGUGGUGGUAGUUAGGUCUAGUCCAGGAGGUCGUGGUGGUAGUUAGGUCUAGUCCAGGAGGUCGUGGUGGUAGUUAGGUCUAGUCCAGGAGGUCGUGGUGGUAGUAAGGUCUAGUCCAGGAGGUCGUGGUGGUAGUUAGGUCUAGUCCAGGAGGUCGUGGUGGUAGUUAGGUCUAGUCCAGGAGGUCGUGGUGGUAGUUAGGUCUAGUCCAGGAGGUCGUGGUGGUAGUUGAGCAGGUCACAGGUCAGCACUAGGUCGGUGCGGCCCGCCUCCCUCACCAGGCGGUGCAGCUGGCUGGAAGUGGCGCUGGCGUCCUGCAGCUCGUCCAGGGGCCAGUCCAGCAGCUGGGCGCUGGAGGGCCAGGCCCAGGCUCCGCAGGGCCCGGCAGCCGCUGAGAGACUGGGCCAAGGAGCA